AUGGAUAGAUUGAAAUGUGUCAUAUUGCUUGAUAUCAGUGAAGAAUAUUCUAGACAACGUUUAAUUGAUCAAAUCACUUAUUCUAAUGAGAUUUGUGCUAAUAAUGAAUUGGAUUCAAUUAAUUGUCGUCUGACUAUUUUUAAAAAUCAAACAUUACCUGUAUGUAAAGCAAUUGAAAAUGAUGAAAAAUUAAGAGUUAUUGAUGGUGAAUUAAAUUGUGAUGAGAUUUUAUUGGACAUUAUGGAAUUAUGUGAUCAUAUAAUUUCUAAUCAAUUGAUUAAAUCUGAACCGAAUCUUACAUCAAAUGAUUCACCGGAAAAUCAGUUACUUACCCCCAUAAAUCAUAGAACCAGAGGAUAUGAAAAUAGACCAAGUAUAUGUAGUAUACCAAGAAUUAUACCAUUGUAUCCAGAUAAUGGUCGUAUGACGAAUGAAUAUAAUUGUCCAAUUAUUUUGCUAUUAGGUGGUCCAGGCUCUGGACGAACAGAACAAGCGAUAGCUUUAUGUGAAAAACUAACUGAUUUAGCAUUUUUCAAUGUGACCGACUUCUUAAGGAAAAAUAUUUUAGAUUUUAUCAAUGAAAAUAAUGUUAAAGAUUGGGAUGUGAUUGGACGUCGUGUACAUUCUAGUGAUCCACCAUCGAACAGGGUAUGUGUAUAG